GCUUGCUUGUUAAUGGUGCUUCUUUGCUACUAAACUCUCCUCUUCAUUCUUUCUCUUCUCCUACCUCUGAUCUCUGCUUCCUCUUUUCCGAUUUGGCUUUUCUACUUUCUCUUUCUUCCUGGUUUAUUUUCGUCUCUCCUUAGCCGGAAACAAUGACUUUACGGAAGGUUUUGCGGUGAGCUGCCUUUCAUGCAUGAUCGAGCAUCGUACGGUUCGUUCUGGACUUGUUUGAUACUGCAUCAUGUCUUUACCGGAAGGUUUUGGCGUCUUCGGGUUCGUUUUGGUGAGGAUUCUGAAUAAGGAAUUUACUUUUACUUCUUUCGGAGAAGUAUCUCUCUGCAUCUCUCUUUGCGGUGGAUUCUGAAAAUUUUCAAAAUCGUAUUGUGUUUUGUACUAAUAUCACUAGUAAUACAUAAUAAGUAGCUUCACUGCUCGCGAAAAUCAAAAUGCUUAAUCUUCUUGAAAUAAGAAUUUGAGACGGAUCUCUACCGAUUGCUACCCUGUGUUUUCUUUUGCAGUAGCAGUUCCUUAUCUGGUUUUGUUGACUACUACUAUCACCACGGCUCUACUGGUAAUAGCUUUUGAUUCCGUCCGAAAUCAUGGGAAGUUUUCUUUUUAUCCGUUGCUCGUCAGGGAGGAUUUGAAGCAGCGGCAGCUGCCCAGGUCCGAUAAUGGACACGUACUCUUCCGGAGAAGACUUUGUUAUUAAGACAAGAAAGCCAUAUACUAUUACAAAGCAACGAGAGCGAUGGACAGAGGAGGAGCAUAAUAGGUUCCUUGAGGCCUUGAAGCUCUAUGGACGCGCCUGGCAGCGUAUUGAAGAACAUAUAGGAACAAAGACUGCUGUGCAAAUCAGAAGUCAUGCACAGAAAUUCUUUUCAAAGUUGGAAAAGGAGGCUCUCGUUAAAGGUGUUCCAGUAGGGCGUGCCAUUGAUAUAGAUAUUCCACCUCCACGCCCUAAAAGGAAACCUAGCAAUCCUUACCCUCGAAAGACCAGUGCCGGUCCUCCCACAUCUCAAGUAGGAGCAAAAGAUGGAAAAUAUUUAUCAGAAUCUUCUCACUGUAAGCAAGUGCUGGAUUUGGAGAAAGAACCAGUUCUUGAGAGACCAGAUGUAGAUGGAAAACCAACACAGGCAAAAGAAAACCAAGAUGAAGAUUGCUCAGGUCUCACCCAGCUUCAAGAUACUCACUGUUCUUCUGUUCACAAAAAUUCCCUACCUAUGCCACCUGUGGGGCUUGGAAAUGCUUACACUUUUAGGGAAUUUGUGCCUUCAAUGAAAAAGGCGAAUCAGGAUGACACAGGUGGAUCUUAUGUCACUGUUGAAUUUGACAGGAAUCAAAACAUGCAGAAGGCUGAUGCCGAGGAGAUGGCACAAGACAAUUGCACAAGCAAAGGCUUAAAGUUGGAAAAGUCUAAUGCUUUAUAUGAGAAAUCGAUUGAAGGUGAAAAGAUGAGUGACUUGAACAAUGGAUUGCCAAAUGAGGAGAUGCAAACCACUCAAAACUACCCAAGGCAUGUGCCUGUGCAUGUUCUUGAUGGAAACCUUGGAAAUUGCACUCGAACUCCUCCCCAUGAUAUGGCAUUCCAAGACACCACAUUUAAUCCCAUAGGAGAGAUUCAUGGCCACCCUAAUUUUUUAACAAAUUCAGCUGCAUCUACUACCACUGAACAUCAAUCUAAUGCAUCAAGAUCUUCAAUCCAUCCAUCAUUUUCGGCUUUUCAUCCUCCAUUUACCUCAAUUCCUCACAAUCAUGAUGACUAUCAAUCAUUCCUCCAUAUGUCCUCCACAUUUUCCAGUCUCGUUGUAUCUACACUGCUUCAAAAUCCAGUAGCACACGCUGCAGCAAGCUUUGCAGCUGCAUAUUGGCCCUAUUCCAAUGUGGAAACUUCUUCGGAUUCUCUUGCAUGCAACCAAAGUGGGUUUUCACCAAGAGAAAUGAACUCUGCUCCAAGUAUGGCAGCAGUUGCUGCUGCUACUGUAGCUGCUGCAACUGCAUGGUGGGCAGCCCAUGGAAUGCUUCCAUUGUGUGCCCCAGUUCAAACUGGAUUUGCCUGCCCUCCUGCAUCCACAAGUGAAGUUCCUUCAAUGGACAUUGAUCAAGAUCCUGCAGCCAAAACAGGAGAAGAAGACAAUCCUCUUAAUCCUCCAUUGCAAGAACAAGUGGACCCGGAACACUCAGAAGCUUUGCAAGCUCAACAUUUAAGUUCAAAAUCUCCAACAGUGUCCGCUUCCGACUCUGAGGAAAGUGGGGGAGCAAAGCCUGAUUCCAAUUUAAAAGCUGCUGUUCAUGAAAAUGCUGCCCCAACAACUGAGCUUGAUGCUAAUAAAGCAAAAAAUACGAAACAGGUUGACCGCUCAUCUUGUGGCUCUAACACAGCUUCGAGCAGUGAAGUCGAGACAGAUGCCUUAGAGAAGCAAGAGAAUGGCAAGGAAGAAAUGCAAGAACCAGAAGCCAAUCAAUCAGUUUCUGAGUGUAGUAAUCGUCGUAGUAAAAGCAUUUGCAACACGCUUGAUUCUUGGAAGGAAGUCUCUGAAGGGGGACGGCUGGCAUUUCAAGCAUUAUUCUCGAGAGAGGUGUUACCUCAAAGCUUUUCACCUCCACCUGAUCUGAAGAAUCAGGAGAAUCAGAAUGGCUGCAUGGAAGAAAAGCAAAAGGAAGACAAAGAUGGAGGUGGAUCAUUGUUAGAUCUCAACAGUAAGACAUGCGGGUCUUGUUCUAACCAUCUAGAAUUGGAGAAAAGUGGAUCACCUAUAGAUGAGGAAAAUUUAGAUGAAAGUUCGCUGACAAUAGGGCUUGGACAAGGAAAGCUCAAGGCUCGUAAAACAGGAUUCAAACCUUACAAAAGGUGCUCAGUUGAGGCCAAAGAGAACAGGGUGGGAAACACCAGCAGCCAGGUGGAAGAGAGAGGAACUAAGAGGUUACGCUUGGAAGGGGAGGUUCAACUUAAUAUCUGAUUUUGCAUGCAAUUUUAAGGAAACCUUUGUUAUUGCACGCAAUUUUCGAAAUUUCCCCUUCGUCUAUUAUCCUUCUGUCUUAUUUGACUAUUGAAGCUCACGCAACUUGUCGUGUAGGUGUGUGUACCAUAUUAUUUGUCUACGUUGCUCAUUACUAUCUGAACCUAUGCAACUCUUCUAAAGACUCCCUCGAUAGACAUGUAGCCAUGAAAAUAUUUAACGUGUUCUGAUCUGUCCAGUCUUUUGAAGACAGUGUCUUUUACAUGAAUGAUUAUUAUUAUUAUUAUUAUUAUUUUUUUCUCA